CAUUUAGUUUUGAUCAUGACUGGGGCACUAGAGCUUUCAAGGGGCAUUUUUUCUCGGAAGUCUAAAGAAGGUAGUGAUAGUGAUGAUCAGGGAUGGAAACUGUUUGGUAAAAUACCACCUAAACAAGCAGCGUCAAAGAAUCCCGAACAAAUCCAGAGCGAGUAUAAGGCCAAACAUCGAGAAGAGCAGCAAGUGGCGAGCAGGUCGAAGAAAGAAGAUAUUGAAGUCAUGUCUACCACAGCCCUUAUACUUGAAAACAGACCUAUGAAUUUGCCAACUAAAGACAGGGAGGAGUGUGAAAGGCAUCAGAAAGAGUAUGAGGCCAUGGUAGAGGCUGCCAAGAGGAAAGAGCAAAAGGAGUUAAAACAGAAGAAAAAGUUGAUGCAGCAACAGUUAAGACAAGAAGAACAACUGAUGGCAGCAGCUAGGGUCUGGAACAAGGAUAUACUGCCUAACUGGGACUCUGUAAAGAACACAAAGAAGGUACGAGAUUUAUGGUGGCAUGGCGUACCAACAAAUGUACGAGGGAAAGUCUGGAAGCUUGCCCUUGGUAAUGAUCUGAACAUAACCCCAGAAUUGUAUGAGAUAUGUGUGAGUAGAGCAGCAGAUAAAAUCAAACAGAUGGAUGAAGCCCCUGUCAUAUAUGGCCCUACAGAAACUUGCUCAGAGCCCCCGUCCAGUAAGGAAUCAAGUGUUGAACUCAUAAAACUUGAUGUCUCCAGAACAUUCCCACAACUCUGUAUAUUUCAGAAGGGUGGACCCUACCAUGAUUUACUCCACAGUUUACUAGGUGCCUAUGCCUGUUACAGACCUGAUAUUGGUUAUGUACAAGGCAUGUCGUUCAUAUCGGCUGUAUUACUAUUGAAUAUGGAUGUAGCAGAUGCUUUUAUCUGUUUUGCUAACCUGCUCAACAGACCAUGCCAAGUUGCCUUCUUUAGAGUUGAUGAAGGAUUGAUGAAGGUGUAUUUUCAAACAUACGAAGAAUUCUUUGUUGAGAACAUGCCUGUUUUAUGUCAUCACUUUAAGAAGAACAACCUUACUCCUGAUCUCUAUCUCUAUGAUUGGAUAUAUUUACAUUAAUUCAACGAAAUCUUUCCAUUAGACAUAGCUUGCCGUGUUUGGGAAUAUUUUCUGUCCGAUGAAUGGUGAAAAAAAUUCUUAUUUCAGAACAGCAAAUUAGGUAUAUUAAAGUGUCACGAGGAAAUUCUAAUGGGCAUGGACUUUAUACAUUUAGCUCAGUUUCUAACCAAAUUACCAGAAAGAGACUCUUACGAUGCAUUGUUUAGAUGUAUAGAAUCUAUACAAAUGACAAUAGACAAGAAGAAAUUCUCACAGGUUCUAGCUAGUGUUAAGGAUAGUAGGGACAAUACUUGAUGAUAGUGUGCAAGAAAUACGGAGAAAUUUAUUUAUUACAAGAAUUUCAUAGAAAGCCUCACCUGGUGUGAGUUGACAAAAUGGGAACCCUGGUGGUUACAACAACCAUAAAAUGUGCAUAUACCAUAAAAUGUGCAUCCGGUGGUUAGAAAUACCGUAAAAUGUGCAUCCGGUGGUUAGAAAUACCAUUAAAUGUGCAUCCGGUGGUUAGAAAUACCAUAAAAUGUGCAUCGGGUGGUUAGAAAUACCAUUAAAUGUGCAUCAUGUGGUUACAACAACCAUAAAAUGUGCAUCUGGUGGUUACAACAACCAUAAAAUGUGCAUCUGGUGGUAACAACAACUAUAAAAAUGUGCAUCUGGUGGUUACAACAACCUUAAUAUGUGCAUCUGGUGGUUACAACAACCAUAAAAUGUGCAUCUGGUGGUUACAACAACUAUAAAAUGUGCAUCUUGCUUUGAAAAAGCUGGCCUUUUGUUUACUUGCUUAUAAACUGUGUUGCACACAGAACAUGAAGUGGAAGUGAUU